AAAACACAAAACUUAAAUUAAUUUAUUUGGUAUUGAACUUGAUUUUUAAUGUUCAUGUCUCUUCAUACUGUAGUAAUAUGUUGUGCAAUUUUUUAAGCUAACUUUUUUUUCUAUUUUUACUACGAUCAAGUUAUAUUUUUUUUAAUUUUUAACUAUCAAUAUAGACAAAAAUGUUAGUCUCAAAUAUGUUCAAACCAUUAAAAUAUUUAAAUACUAUUAAAUUAAGAAAAUAUUUAAGUUCCAUGAUAGAUAAAAAACAAAAAUUUUUUAUUCAAGAUGAAGUUCAAUUUAAAAUGAAUUCUACUUUAAAUCAUCAAGAGAAAUUAAAUGAAUGUAUUAAACAUGGACUUACUUCUAAUACAGUUCUUAGUAAUGAAUGGAUUUUCAAAAUUAAUAUUGAUCAUUUGAGUAAUGGAUUAGUGUUACUAAAAAAAUGGAAUCCCAAAAAAAUGGAUGAUUUGUUUGUACUCCUACAACUGCCUAUGAAAAGACUUGUAUAUCUUACUAAAAAAACUCAUAUAGAAUCAAAAAUUGUGCCACAGGGAAAUAGAGUUUAUUAUUUUGCAUCUACUUUUGAGAAAAAACCCGAACAAGUAUGUUACCAUUUGAUGCGUUACAAAUUUUUAUUUACACGGGACUUUACAACUCUCAGCCACAUAUAUCAUAUUUUAAUCGAAAACAAUGUCAAUAAGAAUGAUAUUUGGAAAGAUACUUGGAUAUUUAUGUACAGCAUUGAUCAAAUAAAUCAAAGAAUCGCUCUUGCUAAAGCAGCAAAUUUACCAAUUAAGCCUUGGAUGUUACGAUCUACACCUGAAAUAUUUAAAAGGACUAUAGAGAUAAAACAAGAAAAUAGAGUAGUUCUCAAUAAAGAUUCUACUGCACAAUAUUUAGCCAAAAGACUUAAAGUACCAGAGAAAACUAUACGCUAUAUUAGUUCAAAAUAUCCUACAACAUUGAGAGUUAGUCCUACUAAAUUAAAAGAAAUAUUAGAUUUUCUUCUCAAUGAGGGAUUCAAACCUACACAUAUAUUGAGUACUCCACGUGUAUUUACUCACAGUAUUUCUACUUUGCAGGAACGAUUAACUGAGUUGAGAGACCUUGGUGCUGAACCCACUUUGACUGCUUUAUGUAAAAACAAAACAACUUAUCAAGAAUUAGUUAACAAAUUAAUUUUGAAAAACACUAAAUUAUUUAUUUAAGAUGUUGUAUCAUACCUAAGAAGUAAAAAUGUAUGUAUACUUUCAUGCAAAUAAUUUUUAACGCAAUUUAUGUUGUUAAACUACAAAUGAUACUUUAAUUAAAUAUUUUGUUAAGAUUAUUAUUGUGAACACACCUAAUAUUGAAUUAAUUAACUUCAUUCUCUCAUAUUCAAAACAAUUAAUUUAUUAAUAAAAGUAAUUGAUAUUAUUAUGUA